UUUAAAAAGCAUAUAUAAUAUUUACAGACAUCUUCCUCUUUAGGAUUCUUCUUCUUCCUAGACAACCAUCACUCCUUCAAAUCAUUCCCCUCUCUCUCUCUCUCUCUCUCUCUCUCUCUCUCUACAACCACCAUGUGUUCACUUUUGUAGAACGUAUAACUGGAAGAAUGACAAAAGUGAGCCCUGAAGUUUUCGAUGAGAUGGAAAUGCAAGCUGUUUUGUCCGUAUCAGCAGAUGUGAGUUUCAAAUCAAAUAAAUUCCCCAAAUAUAAAUUAGGGCCCGACAACCAGAUUCUCGAUGAAGCAACCGUGGAGAAUAAGGGACCACCAUUAAAAGACAUUGUGGCACAAGAAACCCAACAAUUAUCCGAUCAACAUAAACGCCUCUCCGUUCGUGACUUGGCCAGUAAAUUUGACAAGAAUUUGUCUGCUGCAGCUAAACUGUCUAAUGAGGCUAAACUGAGAGAGGUUGCUUCCUUAGAGGGUCAUGUGCUUUUGAAGAAGCUUAGAGAUGCUUUGGAACAUUUAAGAGGGCGAUUAGCUGGUCUCAAUAAGGACGACGUCGAAAAAGCUAUCUCUAUGGUGGAAGCAUUGGCAGUAAAGUUAACUCAAAAUGAAGGGGAGCUGAUACAAGAGAAAUUCGAAGUGAAGAAACUUGCAACCUUCCUCAAACAGGCUUCUGAAGAUGCUAAAAAACUGGUAAACCAAGAAAGAUCUUUUGCUUGUGCGGAAAUCGAAAGUGCAAAAGCGGUAGUGAGAAGAAUCGGCGAGGCUCUUGAGGAGCAAGAAAGAAUAUCACUAACAUCAGGAAUACAGGAAAUGGAGGAGAUGGUGGAGGAAAUCCAGCAGGCUAGAAGAAUCAGGUUAUUGCAUCACCCCUGUAAGGUGAUGGAUAUGGAACACGAGCUUCGAGCGUUGAGACUACAAAUCCAAGAGAAGUCUGCAUUCUCAGUAAAGCUUCAGCAAGAGCUAAUGCUGAAGAAAUUGGUUGAGGAUAACAAAUUAAGCUUACAUAUUCUAGAAGGUUCUGGAAGUUUGGGCUCAAUUUUACGACUUCAACCACGUUCAGAAGAAGCAAUGGAGCUCUCAAAAUGUUCAAUUCAGUGGUACCGUUUAUCAUCACAAUGUAGCAGAAGGGAGCUUAUUUCAGGUGCCAACAAAUCAGUUUAUGCACCUGAGCCCUUUGAUGUUGGACGGAUAUUGCAAGUUGAUAUUAUAUCACGUGGCCAAAAAUCUACGGUUACAACAUCUUGUCCUGUACAACCUGCUGUUGAACUGGAGAGUUAUGUGGAGACACUUUCUCGAAAAGGAAAUUCUGAAUUCAGUGUGGUGAUUUCUCAAAUGAAUGGGCGGAAUUAUUCGUCACAUUCUGCUCAUAUAUUACGUGUUGGAAAAAUGAGAAUGAAGCUUUCAAAAGGAUGGAUUACAAAGGCUAGAGACGCGUAUUCCUCUACAUCAAUGCAGCUAUGUGGGUUUAGAGGUGGCGGGAAUGUAGCGGCUAAAUCAUUGUUUUGGCAAUCAAGAAAAGGGCAAUCUUUUGUAUUAGUGUUUGAAUCAGAACAAGAAAGAAACGCGGCCAUUGUUCUAGCCCGAAGAUACGCUCUUGAUUGCAAUGUUGUGCUGGCUGGACCAGAUGAUCAAGCAUCACUUUAUCUUCUCUAACUUCACUAAUGCAAGUAUAACCAUGUUUCCAAAGUGAGAUUGAUUAUUUCAUUUUUUUUACUUGUAAUUUUGUGUGUUGUUUAUUUUAUUUUAUUUUGGGUGUGUUUAGUUGGGUUUUUAUUUUAUUUUUUUAUCUACUAAUUUGAUCAUUUGUGCAUCCUUUAGAGGCAUAGUUUUGGUUUGCCUGUUCAUUGGUUGUAACAAUUCUUUUAUAUUUGCAUUUUCAAUAUAACGAUGAGGUCUUGAUUGAAGUGAAUAUUUAUUAUCUAAAGUGAAUGUUAUUGUGCU